AUGUCCGUGUGGGAGUCCAGUGUGGCCUGGGUGGCAAACACACUCCAGUCUGAGUUUUGUCAGUCUGCUCCCUCUGACCACACUUUGACGGUCCUCACUGAAGGUUUUAUACGUUUCAUCAAAGGUGAGUGCUUUGGCAGUAGGAACAAGGCAGAUAACUGCUGUUUUACAAAUUCUGGAGAGAUGCUUAGCCUAGCGUUGUGCACGCCCGCCAUCAUCAGGCCCGGAGGUUCAAGACCACAUUACAUCAGAGGGGAAGGGCUUGAGAGUGUAAUGAACAUGCAGAGGAAAAGAGACGUCAGUGUCACCGUGGAGAAAUGGGCAGGAUGGUUGGAGAUUGAGACGAUGGAAGAGGCUGAACUCUGUUUUCCACAGCUCCUCAACUCCUCCUGCAGGAGACCAGAGCCUCCUCACUUUGACACUGUGCUUAUUUACCUUCUGCUGUCCUUCAUCGCUCUGUUCACUGCAGCUCUCAACCUGCUGGUCAUCAUCUCCAUCUCACAUUUCAGGCAGCUCCACACCCCCACCAACCUCCUCCUCCUCUCUCUGGCUGUCUCAGAUUUUCUUGUGGGGCUCUUUGGGAUACCGGUUGAAAUCCUCAUGAUGCAGACCUGCUGGAUGCUGGGUGACCUCAUGUGUUCCUUGUAUUAUCUUUUUGCUGUUAUCAUAAUCUCUGCCUCUGUGGGUAACAUGGUGCUCAUAUCUGUUGACCGCUAUGUUGCUAUAUGUGACCCUCUGCAUUACCCCACCAAAGUCACUCAAAAGGUUGUUGGAAUAUUUGUUUCCCUAUGUUGGAUUUGUUCUACUAUUUAUGGGAUUAUCGUAUCAAAUGAAAACCUGAAGCAUCCAGGCAGAUACAAAUCCUGCUAUGGAGAAUGUACCGUUACCAUUCUAGGACUUUUUGAUCUUAUUGUUAACUUCAUUAUUCCUAUUGCUCUCAUAAUAGUUCUGUAUAUGAGAGUAUUUGUGGUGGCUGUGUCUCAGGCUCGAGCCAUGAGAUCCCACACUGCAACUGUCUCACUCCAGCACUCUAAGACUGUAAAAGUUAAGAGAUCUGAGCUGAAAGCAGCCAGAACUCUUGGUAUUCUUGUAGUUGUGUUUCUGGUGUGUUAUUCUCCAUUAUACUGCAUCUCUCUCACAGGUCACAAUGUCCUGAUUGAGUCUUCAACUAAAGUCAUCAUGGCUUUUCUGAUGUAUUCUAACUCCUGCUUAAACCCCGUCAUCUAUGCCUUUUUCUACCCGUGGUUUAAAAAAACUAUUAGACUUGUUGUUACAUUUCAGAUACUGCAGCCUGACUCCUGUGAAACUCAGAUACUGUGA